ACAGUGUCCCGCAUCCCUGCGAAGACUUGGGCCAAUAUUUUUUUGACAGUGGAAAUUUUUGGAUCCCCCACCACUGUUGACCAAUUUUUAACUACGAUUUGCCAUUCCCACGCCGCUUCAAGAGACAUCACCACCCCUCUUCGGCCUCAAGAAUCUUCCCUUCCUUCGCUAAUCGCCAGUUACAGUCAAAAUGAGCGGUGCCAAGUCUGUUGCGCCGGAGAACCGGACCGUCAUUGGCUUGACCUUUGGCAACUCCAACAGCUCCAUCGCCUACACUGUUGACGAUAAGGCUGAGGUUAUCGCCAACGAGGACGGAGACCGUCAGAUCCCAACAAUCCUCUCCUACGUCGACGGCGAUGAGUACUACGGUCAACAGGCGAAGGCUUUCCUGAUCAGAAACCCAAAUAACACAGUCGCCUACUUCCGUGACUUCCUCGGGAAAGACUUCGAGCAUAUUGACCCUACCCACAACCACGCCUCUGCGCACCCCAAGGAUGUUGACGGAGCCGUCUCUUUCACCAUCAAGGACAAGGCCGAGGAGGACGCUGAGCCGUCCACCGUUUCUGUCUCCGAGGUUGCCACCCGCUACCUCCGUCGCCUGGUCGGCUCUGCUUCCGAUUACCUUGGCAAGAAGGUUACCUCUGCCGUCAUCACCGUCCCUACCAACUUCAACGACAAGCAAAAGGCCGCCCUUCUUGCUGCUGCCAACGCUGCCGAUCUCGAGGUUCUCCAGUUGAUCAGCGAGCCCGUCGCUGCGGCGCUCGCCUACGAUGCGCGCCCCGAGGCUCAGGUCGAGGACAAGAUCGUUGUCGUUGCCGAGUUGGGCGGCACCCGCUCCGACGUUGCCGUCAUUGCCAGCCGUCAAGGCAUGUACACCGUCCUCGCCACUGCCCACGACUACGAGUUCAACGGUGUUGCUCUUGACAAGAUCCUGAUGGAUCACUUCGCCAAGGAGUUCCUCAAGCGCAACCCCAGCGCCAAGGACCCCCGUGAGAACGCCAGAGGCCUCGCCAAGCUCAAGUUCGAGGCCGAGGCCACCAAGAGGGCCCUCAGCAUCGGUGCCAACGCCAGCUUCAGCGUUGAAAGCUUGUCCGACGGUAUCGAUUUCGCCAGCACCAUCAACCGCCUCCGUUACGAGACUCUUUCCAGGACCGUUUUCGAGGGCAUCAACCGCCUGGUUGAGUCUGUCAUCAAGAAGGCCGGCCUUGACGUUCUUGACGUUGACGAGGUCAUUCUGUCUGGUGGCACUGCCCACACUCCUCGCAUUGCUUCCAACUUCAGCAACAUCUUCCCCCAGACCACCAGAAUCCUGGCCCCCUCCACCAACCCCUAUGCCAUCAACCCUUCCGAGCUCGGCGCUCGUGGUGCCGCUCUCCAGGCCAGCCUGAUCCAGGAUUACGAGGCCGACGACAUCGACCAGUCGACCCACGCUGCCGUCACCACUGUGGCCCACAUCAGCAACGCCAUUGGAGUCGUCUCUCUGAACGCUGCCGGCGAGGAGAUCUUCGUUCCUGUUGUUCCCGCCGAGACUGCCGUCCCCGCCAAGAGGACAGUCCACGUCGCCGCGCCCAAAGACGGCGGUGAUGUUCUUGUCAAGUUCGUCGAGGGCAACACCCACAUCAAGGUUACCAAGCCUGAGCCCAAGCCCAAGGAGGACAAGACCGCCAAGGUCGAGGAUGCUGCUGACUCUGACGAAGAGUCUGACUUCUCCGACGACGAGGAGGAAGAAGAGGAGAAGCGCGAGAAGGUAUGGAAGAUUGGCAACACCCUUGCCGAGGCUGCCAUCCGCAAUGUGAAGAAGGGCGGCAAGGUCGAGGUUACUGUCCAGGUCAACGCCGAUCUUUCCGUCAUUCUCACGACGAGAGAAGUUGGCGCCCAGGGCGGUGUGAGAGGCCAACUGAACGCUUAGAAGGUUGGCGAGUUCGGGCGAGGGCAAACCGUUGAUAAAAAGACACAAAAUCUCCUGCUAAAAGGCAUGGAGCUGGAUGAGUGGAACCCCCAAGACUUGCUCAGGAAUUAGACUACAACUGAGUGGCCGGCUUCCUUGUAUACGGGGUGUAUUCGGGGAGACUGCCUUGGCGUUGGUUGUGACCAUAAGGCGGGGUCGGAUGCAUCGGAGGAGGAGGGAGGUUACAAAUUGUACGGGCAUAGUUGGGACGACAAGGAGGAUGAAGACUUUGAGAUGGUGUAUGAGUUUUCGGAGGGGGUUCGGUGAUGAGGAAACGGAGAAGGAGGAUAACCACCAGCUGCAUGGAAGGGUUAAAAGGAAAACGAAAAGGCGCUCGAGGUGGGGAAAGCCUCUAUGGAAUGGAUAGGCAGGCAUUGUCAUCAAUAGACUCAGCGGUUGUUUGUUGAUUGUU